GCUGGGAGCGUCACUUCCUCCCGGAAGCGGGCCUGGGCGGAUGUCUCCGGCGCGUCGGUGCAGGGGGAUGAGGGCCGCGGUGGCUGCCAGCGUGGGGUUGAGCGAGGGGUCCGCUGGCUCCCGGAGCGGCCGCCUCUUCCGCCCGCCGAGCCCCGCUCCGGCGGCCCCCGGGGCCCGGCUGUUGCGGCUCCCGGGGAGCGGGGCCGUGCAGGCCGCGAGCCCGGAGCGCGCCGGCUGGACCGAGGCGCUGCGGGCCGCCGUGGCCGAGCUGCGCGCCGGCGCCGUGGUGGCCGUCCCCACCGAUACGCUAUACGGUCUGGCCUGCGCGGCGAGCUGCUCGGCGGCUCUGCGCGCUGUGUACCGCCUCAAGGGUCGCAGCGAGGCUAAGCCUCUGGCCGUAUGCCUCGGCCGCGUGGCCGACGUCUACAGAUACUGCCGUGUGAGAGUACCUGAGGGGCUCCUGAAAGACCUACUGCCAGGACCAGUGACCCUGGUGAUGGAACGCUCGGAGGAGCUCAACAAGGACCUAAACCCUUUUACGCCUCUUGUAGGCAUUCGGAUUCCUGAUCAUGCCUUUAUGCAAGACUUGGCUCAGAUGUUUGAGGGUCCGCUUGCUCUCACUAGCGCCAACCUCAGCUCCCAGGCCAGUUCUCUGAAUGUCGAGGAGUUCCGGGAUCUCUGGCCUCAGUUGUCCUUGGUCAUUGAUGGGGGACAAAUUGGGGGUGGCCAGAGCCCCGAGUGUCGCCUCGGCUCAACUGUGGUUGAUUUGUCUGUGCCCGGAAAGUUUGGCAUCAUUCGUCCAGGCUGUGCCCUGGAAAGUACUACAGCCAUCCUCCAACAGAAGUAUGGCCUACUUCCCUCACAUGCAUCCUACCUGUGAAACUCUGGGAAGCAGGAAGGCCCAAGGCCUGGUGCUGGAUACUAUGUGUCUGUCCACUGAUGACUGGCAAGGCCUCAUUUGCAGAGGCCACUGGAGCUAGGGCACUAGCCUGACUGUUAAGGCAAUGUGUCUUUCUGAGCACUGUAGACCAAGCCCUGGGAGCUGCUGGUUUACAGCUCGGGACAGGAUGUAUUGAUUUGUAGUUUCAUAUAUCAGCCAAAAGCUGAAUGGAAAAGUUAAGAACAUUCCUAGGUGGUCUUAUUCUUUUUUUUUUUUUUUUUUUUU